UGCAUUGCAUUAGAUGGCGGGGGACCCGGAGGAAUCGACGGUGAAUUGCGUCGACGCUUGGGUGGCCAAGCUUCUGGAUGGGAAGACCUUGGCUGAGAGUGAGGUAGUGCAACUCUGCAAUAAGGCCCGGGAUGUGCUGUUGGAGGAGUCUAACGUGCAGCCAGUGCGGUGUCCGGUGACUGUGUGCGGAGACGUGCACGGGCAGUUUCAUGACCUGAUGGAGCUAUUCCGGAUAGGCGGCAAGGCUCCGGACACAAACUAUUUGUUUAUGGGUGACUACGUCGACAGGGGUUACUACUCGGCAAGUGCAAUUGAUGCGUGUGAAAGGUUGCAGCCCAUCGGAAUCCGACGUUCGCAAAGUGUUCUUGAUCUGGCCACGUCGGUGCCACUGCUGGCGCUGUGGCAUGAUCUGAUGCUACACAUGUCGCUUUUUGGUGCUUGA